CUAGAAGAGGAGGCAAUCUUAAAAAAAAAAAAAAAAAAAAGCCCACCCCUGCACAUUUCCUUAAGUGCUUUAAGCUGUAAAUCGUUUAUAUUAACAAUUAUCCAAGCAUAAAGAAAUCUGAGUUGGGAGAAUCAGACUGCAAUAUUAGCAAGCCAGGAAGAAGAGACUGUGGGUGACUAUAAGGAUAUCAGGCUUGGUUUACUAAAACAGGACUGACAUCACUGCAAACCAAAUGAUGGAAGGAAAAGAGACUUUAAGAAACAGGGCUGAGAAGUCAAUACUGCAACUUCCCUGAUUCUAAGUAAAAAGACCAUUACCAACAAGACCACUAUGCUCCAGCUUGCAAACCCCUGCAGAUUACAGCACAAUAAUCAUAAGGACGUACUUGUAAGCCCUACAUAAACCCAAGUAAAAAAAGCAGCAAAGUUGAUAGGAUUUAAUUUAAAAAAGAUUAAAGAACAAAUAAAUUAACAAAGACAUUGUAAGUGGGUUUUGGGGGAAAGGGCACAGUGCAGAUAGAGCCCUGUUAGAAAAAUUAGGGCAAAAUUGAAGAAGGAUCCAGUGCUGAAAUAGAAGCCUCAGUGGAUAAAGAAGACAAACCAAGGAAGAGUGCGCCCGGGAAGUGAAACAGUAUGGCAGUCAUGAAGGAGCUUCUCAGGGCCAGAAACCUGCUGUUGGUUGUCCUUAUUCCACUUCUGCUGCUUCCUUUGCCACUCCUAUAUCCCAGCAGUGAAGCCUCGUGUGCUUAUGUGCUCAUAGUGACAGCUGUGUACUGGGUCUCAGAAGCAGUACCCCUCGGCGCCGCUGCACUAGUGCCUGCUUUUCUCUAUCCACUGUUUGGAGUGAUGAAGUCCAGCGAGGUAGCUGCAGAAUAUUUCAAGAACACAACUUUGCUCCUCCUGGGAGUGAUUUGUGUGGCAGCUUCUGUAGAAAAGUGGAAUCUACACAAGCGGAUUGCCCUGCGCAUGGUCAUGAUGGCUGGAGCAAAGCCAGGCAUGUUACUACUUUGCUUUAUGUGCUGCACCACCAUCUUAUCCAUGUGGCUUUCCAAUACAUCUACCACAGCCAUGGUGAUGCCAAUUGUAGAGGCAGUGCUACAAGAGCUGGUGAAUGCUGAGGAGGAGUGUGAGGUCAUCAGCACUUCAGGCAACACCAUUUCUGAAGAGAAGGAGCCAAACGGUCUCAGCGAAAAUCACGGUCAAACUUCACUGGAGCUCAUUUUCAUCAAUGAGGAUGCUACGACCACAGACUUCAGCUCCCUGAUGCAUACCAAGAAUAUGAAUGGUGUACACAUGAUAGCCAACCCAAUUGGAACUGCGAAUUCCAAAACCAAUGGGCAGCAUUUACCUCAGACUCAGAUACUUGUUCUGCCUCCGAACUCCAGAGACCUGGAUUUGAGUACCAAAUACCGAUACCAAUCUAGACAUGAUCAUAUGGUCUGUAAGUGCCUCUCACUGAGCAUCUCAUACGCUGCAACCAUUGGGGGACUGACCACCAUUAUAGGCACAUCCACUAGCCUCAUAUUCUUAGAGCACUUUAACAGCCAUUAUCCAAAUGCUGAAGUGGUGAAUUUUGGAACCUGGUUUUUGUUCAGCUUUCCCAUCUCGCUCAUAAUGUUGGUUCUGACUUGGUUUUGGAUGCACUGGCUGUUCCUGGGUUGCAAUUUUAAAGAGACUUGUUCUGUGAGCAAGAAGAAGAAGACCAAACGGGAAGAAUUGUCAGAGAAAAGAAUUCGAGAAGAAUAUGAGAAAUUGGGAAACAUUAGCUAUCCUGAAAUGGUGACUGGUUUUUUUUUCAUUCUGAUGACCUUGCUUUGGUUUACACGGGAGCCUGGUUUUGUACCAGGCUGGUCAUCCUUCUUUGAGAAGAAAGGCUACCGGACUGAUGCUACUGUCUCUGUAUUCCUUGGCUUUCUUCUUUUCCUGAUCCCAGCAAAGAAACCACGUUUUGGAAAGAAGGAGGAAGGAGAUGGAGAGAAUUCUGCAAACAUUAACUCAAUGGAGCCAAUAAUUACCUGGAAGGACUUCCAGAAGACUAUGCCCUGGGAGAUUGUAGUUCUUGUUGGAGGAGGAUAUGCUUUAGCAGCUGGAUGCAAGACCUCUGGCCUUUCUACAUGGAUUGGGCGCCAGAUGUUGUCUUUGAGCAGCCUCCCCUACUGGGCUGUUACUCUGCUGGCCUGCAUCUUGGUGUCCAUGGUAACAGAGUUUGUUAGUAACCCAGCCACCAUAACUAUCUUCUUGCCUAUUUUAUGCAGUAUGUCAGAAACCCUGCAUAUCAACCCUUUAUACACUCUGAUUCCUGUAACCAUGUGUAUCUCCUUUGCUGUGAUGCUGCCAGUUGGCAACCCUCCAAAUGCCAUUGUCUUCAGUUAUGGGCACUGCCAGAUCAAAGACAUGGUGAAAGCUGGGCUGGGUGUAAAUCUGAUUGGUCUAGUGGUUGUCCUGAUAGCCAUCAACACUUGGGGAAUUAGCCUUUUCCAGCUGAAUAUGUUUCCAGACUGGGCAAGGGUCAGCAAUGUAACUGGUCAGUUGUAAUAAGCAGUGACAAAACUUGCAAAACCAAAGCAGGCAGGGGCAAAUAUUUCAUCUAAAUUGGACAUGUAAAAGAAAGGAAGAAACUUGAGUGUAUAUAGAUCCAGGAUCCAGAGCAAAACAUAAAGCAAGUCCACAGGUUGUUCUCCUAAAAAAAGAUACCUUGCCCUUUAUUUCCUAAAAUGAAAAUUUGCAUUGCUUUUUCACUUUUUAAAAUCACCAUGAAACAAGACAGAUUUGCUUUGAUUUAUUGCUUCUUUCCCUGUGCUACCAUAAUUCUACAAGAAAAUCCAACUUAGAGCUUCCCUUACACUACAGAGCAAUCAAAUUGAACAUUUCCCUUUCAAAUAGGGGAUAUAUGAUCCCAGUGAGAAAACUGAAGUAUAUACUAGUAUAGUAUACAACAUUAAUAUAGUAGUAUACUAUACAACAUACUAUAAUAACAUACACUUUCCUUCCAUUCUGACGUCCACAGAAGAUAGAAGGUGACUCAGUUUACUAACUUGGAGUUUUUUUUAAGACUAAUUAUUGUAAAUGCAGGUUUGUUUGGGUUUUUUUUUUUCCUUGAGGUGAGUCAUCAUUACUUAAAGAUGUUCAAUCUGUUAGCUAAUCUGUGUGGACUAGAGAAAAAUUUGACUAGAAAAUGUGUAGCAUCCACAUGAAAGGGAGAUGAGAAACUACUACUCAGGCAGGGAUGAAUGAGGGACCUGGACAUGGCAACAUGGGAGAGGACCUGGGGCUUGUCCUCAGUCCUCACAUGAAAAUUUACAUGUUGGAAUACUUUCAGUCUCUUCUUUGGAAAGAGGAACUUCAGAGUCUUCUCAGGAUCUCAGAUGGGAAGUGUCAGGUUCCUCAUUCCUUAUUUUUCUGGUGUGGACGCUGUCCACGGCAGUCCUGCAGCGGAAGCAAUUCCCAGCAAACCCUGACAUGGCCACCAGUUUUGUUCUCUUUAUGUUUCCUUUGCUGUUGAUUUUAUUGAUAGAGAAGGGGUAGUCCUUUCCAAGGUUACAAUCAAUGUUGCUCUGUAACUAAGAUGGGGAGGGCUUGUAGGAAUGGCAUUGACAGAUCUCACCAUCACAACAUUCACACUGAGAUCACACACACACACACACACACACACACACACACACACACACACACACACACACACACCCCUAUUCUUUAGCAGCCCAGAGAACAGGGGCUCCAAGCCAAGGUAGCUUCAAGAUACAGCAGAAAAGCAGCACACCAAAGGACCAUUUUCUCUUAUGUUUAUAAAGGUGGGUGCCUUUCAUUACUGAUUGUAUCCCAGUUAUCCCCACUAGAUUUCCCUUAUGAUAUAUAUUGUUUUUAAUCACUUAUUUAAUGUUAAAGCCUUUGAUCUGGUUAUUAGGAUAAUUGGGUCCCAUAUAAUCACUUUAGAGAUGCAAUUUAAUCACUUGCUAUGUGGCUUUGUUCAAUAGGCUUCCCAUUUGGAAACAGUAUAUUUCAAUGUUAGUGUAAAUGUCUAUACAAUGUAAAGACAAUGUCAAUAAAAUAAAUUAUUCACCA